AGAGAACCACAGAGUCUGUCUGCAUCUAGCUGCUCCAGGAGCAAACUCCCGGUGUGCUUUACAACUGGGCUCUCGCUUCUGUGCUGGGAGAGGCCUUGCAAAGUCCAUCUCUCCAGCCCUAAGAUUUUUUAAAACAAAUCGCCUCCAUGUUAAACUGGGAGCAGUCAGAGAGCUCCAGCCUCCAGUUAGGUUUUGUAAAUAUAUAUUUACCAAGGAGCAUCCGGAGAAAUAUUUGUCUGUACAUGGGGGGGGGGGGGAGGGAAUCAACUUCCCUGCAGCCUUUGCAACCCCAACAUCGCAGCGGAGUGUCUGAAAACCAGAAGGGGAAACUGACUAGGGGCCCAGGCAAGGAAAGUCCUGGUGUCUGAACAGUGUCCCUUGACUUUCUGCCGGCGCUGCCCGGGUCCCUGGGAGGUGGCUGUGACCGAGAACCAGCAGAUGGAGCUCAGCUUGCGAGACACCUUUUCCUUCCCUCGCCGGCGCUGUGACCCCGCAAGCCGCUCCGCCAGUUCACUUCCUGCGGAGGUCGGGCUCUGAAUUUGAAAAUGCAGGAGUCGUUGGUGCUGCUGUUGUACCUGGGGAGGAAAAGGAGGGCCGGCCCCCAGCGGGAGAUGGCUGCCCGCGGGGACGAGGCGCAGCGGGCAGCCUGGCUCCGGCAGUACUACACGCAGCGGCAGAAGCGGCUGAUGACGCUCCUGAUUGCCCGUCGAAGGAGAUCCAGCUGUUACUUCCACCCACGCGCAUGGCCCAGCUUCCGGAACGCUGACUGGUGGGAACGGGUGGUCCUGAAAGACUUCCAGCCUCGGGACUGGCUGGAGAAAUUCCGAAUGUCCAAGGAGACCUUCUUCUAUGUCUGCAACCAGCUGCGACCCAAGCUGUCCCACCCGAGUACCCAGCCCCAACCAGUGCUGCCUCUGGAGCAGCGGGUAGCCGUGGCCAUUUGGCACCUGGCCACCAAUGUCGAGUACCAGACAAUCAGCCCCCUCUUUGGGGUGGGUCCCUCCACUGUGCAGAACUGCGUCAAGGAGGUCAGCUAUGCCAUUGUGCUGCUGCUGAAGCCGCUCUACCUCCGGCUGCCCAGCGAGCAGGAGCUGGAGAACAUGGUGCGGAUCUUCAGUGCCCGCUGGGGAUUCCCACACUGCAUCGGUGCCUUGGACAGCCUCCAUGUCCCCAUCCACGCCCCUGCGCACCUCGGUGCCGACUACUGCAACAGCCAGGGCUGGCAUUCUGUCCUCACGCAGGCGACGGUGGAUGGGCUGGGUCAGUUCUGGGACAUCUGCGCCGGCUUCCCUGGCAGCAUGGAGAACAGCACCGUCCUGGAAAACUCCAGCUUGUGGGUGUUAGCCAGGGAGGGCCGCCUCUUCCCAACCCCUCUGAAACAUUUCAUGGGGAGGGCACAAAAGUACGUCCUGUUGGGAGAUGCCUCUUACCCACUGCGGGAAUGGAUCCUCAAGCCUUACCCAGAAGACGGCACCCUCACCCCACAGCAGCUCCAGUUCAACUAUCGCCUGAAGCGAGCCCACAGUGUGAUCGAGAAUGCCUUCCUGCGCCUCAAGGCCCGGUGGCAGUUCCUCCUGAAAUGUGACGACUGCAGCCUGGACCUGCUGCCCACGGUCAUACUCGCCUGUUGCACCCUGCACAACGUGUGUGAGGCCCACGACAGCCCCUUCAAUGAGGAGUGGCUAGAGGUGAUAGAGCCCGCCGAGUUCUCAAAGCCCUGCCAGCCUGCGCCCAUGUCCAUGGACGACAGCAGCGCCGAGGAAGUGCGAGAGCUGAUGUGCGAAUACUUUGAAAGCUACGGAGAAGGCUGAUUGCUACAAAGCAAUGCCGCAUGCUCUCCAGCUCUCAAACUUUCAGUAACUCUAGUACACCUAACGUUGCCCCAGCAAUCAAAGGCUACUGAAUGGGGACUGCGCGCUGUCACAUACUGCAAAGCCUUUUCCGUGGAAUAAAGGUGGCUUGGGGGAUUGGUAAGGAGUCAGCCCUUCCCAGCUCAGCCACCAGUUCCAGUCCAGAGGAGGUCGGCCGUGUUUGCUAAAGCAGUCUUUGCCUUGGUGCUGUCAGGCAAUGGGAUGGAUUUCAUGCCUUUGUAAUCUGCCAGGGUUUAGACGAUCUUGUGUCGUGGUCUGUGAGAUGUAAAUAAAACAGGGGGUCUAGGUUUGGACAAAAA